AUGGCGGAAUCCAGCAGCCGCGAUAGUCGUUCGAUGCGUUCGGAAGCAGCUAAGCGCCGCCGUCUUGACGAGGAAUUGCUGCUACUUUUAGAUGCUGAAAGCUCCACAGGUUCAAGCACAAGCUCAUCCUUGGAGAGCAGCAGCAGCAGCAGCGAUGACGACGACGAUUUGACGUUGUAUGAGUUUAUGUUGGAGUACCUGUUCUCUCCGCCGGAGCAGCGACCGAAGGUUGAGUCGUACCUGGAAAAUACGGUUGCCGCGUAUUCUGACGAAGAGUUUCGCAGAAACUUCCGACUGUCACGGUCAGUUGCAAAGGCGCUUGCUGCCGAAUUCGCGAAGUCGCCGCACUACCCUUCAAGAAGAGACCACGGAGGCCUACCCCCCAAGUCCCCUGAAGAGCAUGUCCUUUCAUUUCUAUGGUAUGCCGCCAACGAAUCCUGCAUACGGGAUGUUGCAGGACGUUCUGAAGUUGGGGAAAGCACGCACCACAGGAUGAUGUAUCGAGUCAUGGAUUUCCUUCCCGACAUUGCCCCCCGCAUCGUGACCUUCCCAGAUGACAUGGAGAAACUUUCCAACGACUUUAAGCAGGUUUCAGGGUUUCCGGACACUAUUGGCUGCAUUGACGGAAGCUGUAUUCCGGUCAGGUGCCCUGCUGGUAAAGUGCGGUCAGUGUAUGUGAAUCGGCACCACUACCCAUCCUUGACGCUGCAGGGAAUAUGCGACAACCAGAAGAGGUUCCUAGAUGUCAGCACAGGUGCACCCAGCAAAAUUCACGACGCCAGGAUCUUCCGGCUUUCAACCGUUUCGAAGAAACUGCCUCAACUCUGCGCUGGGAAAUACCACAUUCGUGGGGACGCAGCGUACCCAUCUCGCGAGUACCUAAUGUCUCCCAUUCGCGACUACGGAAGCCUCGAUGCCUCUGACAAGGCAUUUAUUGCCAAACUUUCAUCUACCCGAGUGCUAAUUGAAAAUGCGUUUGGGGAGUUAAAGGGUAGGUUUCGGCAGCUGCAGCGUGUGAACCUCACGACAGUAGAUAACAUGGCAAAAUUUAUCCUCGCAUGUUGUGUCCUCCACAACAUCUGCAUCGACAACGGUGACUCGCCUGAUGGUCUAGUUCCAGGCAUGCAUCUGAACUCUCAGGGUGCUAAUGAUCCGAACCCUAGUGGAGCCAGAGUCCACAGCGGAACAUCCAGAGAAGAGAGCCUCUAA